UAUUACCAGGACGUACAAAGCGAGGUUGCCGAGAGGGUUGCAGUGAUGGAUGCAAACCAGAAGGAAGCUGAUAAGUGGCAAGCUGCCGAAGAAGAAGCAGAUGCACUUGCGUUGGGCAUGUCGGUCGAGGAGGCGCGCCAGAAGACGGCUUCCAAAGCAGCUCUACGUCCGUCUGGGGGUGCCGACGUCUCAGAGUGGCAUAUGCCAGGAGGGCACGACGCACUACCACAACGCGCGAAGAAAGUGAAGACCGCCACACUCUCGCGUAAGUCGCAUACGCUCCCGCGCAAAUCCGCCACACUCUCGGAUAAGCCGAAGCCCGAAGCAGAGACCUACCACCGUCCGCCGAGCGUUGCACCACAUUUCGCAGUGGAGAUCUUCGGCGAAGCGGCAGCAGAUGUUGUGAAGACGGAAUCAUUGGAGCAAUAAAGGGGAGGGGAAUCGGAACCGAUCUCUGCUUUUGGACAACUUGGUCAUGGCAGAGCAGAGAGAGGCUGUCUGCGAAGAGCUUGUCGAGCUUUUGAAGAUUGGCCGUAGCUGUAUUUGCUUGUUGCAAGGAAGGAGGAAGGAUCUGGCAUAGAAUUGGAUUCAGCAAGUGAGAGGCCGACGUUUUGACGCUUUUCUAUCAUAGCUUCACAGCGCAGUAACCCAUUAUGG